UUACAAGUGGCGGCCGUUUCUCCCCACGCUUCGAGCUCACACUCACUCGCGGCUCGCGUCGGAAGAAGCUCUUGGCUCCCUGAAGCGAUCGAGGGUUGUGCAGAACCGCACAGCACGCUGCUCCAGCUCUCCAGGUGAUGUGCACCAUCUCUCCCCUAAUGGCGUCCGUGAGUGCUGCUCGAUUCGUCUCUGGGAGCUCUUACUGCGGCUCUGCAGGAGCAACUGGGUCAGAUUCCAAAACAGCAUUGACCCACAAUGACCUGAAAAACCAACCAAUGACACACUGUGGCUUGAGGUCCUUGAACAAGUUGGAUAUGCUGCAGACUAGGACUAAUGUAAGGGCAGGCAGCAGACAAUCGCGAAGAAAGGCAUUAAAGACACAGGUUGCGAGCCCCUUGGGAGUUAUAAAAUGUGGAACUGGGAUGAACUUAGUUUUUGUAGGUGCAGAAGUUGGUCCAUGGAGCAAGACUGGUGGACUCGGUGAUGUUCUUGGAGGACUUCCACCGGCUAUGGCAGCAAUAGGUCACCGGGUCAUGACUGUGUGCCCUCGCUACGAUCAGUAUAAAGAUGCUUGGGAUACAGAGGUGGUGGCUGAGGUAAAGUUCUCUAACGGCUCAUACUUGUAUUGCGCUCACAUUUUCCAUGGAAUGUCUCGGAGCCUUCUUUUCGUUCUGCAGGUUAAAGUCGGUGAUAGAAUCGAAACGGUUCGCUUCUUCCACUGCUACAAAAGAGGAGUUGAUCGUGUGUUUGUAGAUCACCCCAUGUUUCUCGAGAAAGUAUGGGGGAAAACUGGAUCCAAGAUUUAUGGUCCCCAAGCGGGGAAGGACUAUACUGAUAACCAACUUAGAUUCAGCUUGCUAUGCCAGGCAGCUUUGGAAGCACCACGAGUUCUAAACUUGAACCUCAGCAAGUACUUCAAGGGACAUUAUGGCGAGGAUGUUGUUUUUAUUGCUAAUGAUUGGCACACUGCUCUUCUCCCUUGCUACUUAAAAUCAAUGUACAAGCCUAGAGGAAUCUACAAAAAUGCAAAGGUUGCUUUCUGUAUCCACAACAUUGCAUACCAGGGCAGAUUUGCAUAUGCGGACUUCUCAUUAUUGAACCUUCCAAACCAGUUCAGGGCAUCCUUCGAUUUUAUUGACGGCUACGACAAGCCUGUGAAGGGGAGGAAGAUUAAUUGGAUGAAGGCCGGGAUCCUAGAAUCGGACAGGAUUGUAACAGUGAGUCCAUACUAUGCAGAGGAACUUGUCUCUAGCAUAGAAAAAGGUGUAGAAUUGGAUAAUAUCAUCAGAAUGGCUGGCAUCACAGGAAUUGUCAAUGGCAUGGAUGUCCAAGAGUGGAAUCCAUUGUCAGACAAGUACAUCGACGUCAAAUACGAUGCUACAAAUGUGAUGCGAGCAAAGCCCCUAUUGAAGGAAGCACUGCAAGCUCAUGUUGGAUUGCCAAUUAGAGAUGUACCUGUAAUAGGCUUCAUUGGUAGGCUUGAAGAGCAGAAAGGUUCCGAUAUUCUUGCGCAAGCAAUUCCUCUGUUCAUCGGCGCAGAUGUUCAGAUAAUUGUUCUAGGCACUGGGAAGAAACAUAUGGAGAAACAACUUGAAGAGCUUGAGAUCAAGUACCCUAACAAGGCCAGGGGAGUCGCGAAAUUCAAUGUUCCCCUUGCGCAUAUGAUCACAGCUGGUGCUGACUUUAUGAUGGUACCAAGUAGAUUCGAGCCGUGCGGUCUCAUUCAGCUGCACGCCAUGAGAUAUGGAACGGUACCAAUUGUGGCAUCCACCGGCGGCCUGGUCGACACGGUAUUAGAAGGUUAUACCGGAUUCCAUAUGGGCGCCUUCAAUGUCGAGUGCGAGACUGUUGAUCCUGCUGAUGUAGCAGCGAUAGCAAAGACUGUUAAAAGGGCACUAGCAACUUAUGGCACCCCCGUUCUGAAGGAGAUGAUCGGAAACUGCAUGGCUCAAGAUCUCUCCUGGAAGGGACCGGCAAAGAACUGGGAGAGAUUGCUAUUAAGUCUAGAGGUGGCAGGCAGCGAACCUGGAGUCGACGGGGAGGAGAUUGCUCCUCAAGCUAAAGAGAAUGUGGCCACUCCUUAAGCUUGGUCAGCUUCCAAUACCAGCUUUUCAGUAUGCUCCAAUGAACUAACCAACAACCCUAACGGCUGACCCUUGUCAAAACACAAAAAAGAAGAAAAUACCCUAAUCGUCAUCUUAUAUAAAAACUUCCUUUUCCCCCAUCUUUCCUUUGGUGUAAUAUUAGAAGAUUCUCAUUGAUUGUCCCCUCCCUCAUUCGAAUGUUGAAAUUAGCUAUGU